UUAACAAAGUAAAUAUAAUAACAUCGGAAAGUUUCGGAAGACAGUCAACAAAUGACCUUGAAUCAUGCUUCAAGCGAUUAUUGCACCUUGUAACGCGAUAUGUCAGACGGUCGUGUUUAUAGAUUAAUCUCUUUCCUUGUUCCAUUCGCGGUAACCAAUUGACACAAGAUUUUUUGGAUCAUUGGAUUUUCUACAUAUGUUUCGUCGAAGUGAUGACUAAAUUAUGAAUAAUAAGAAACUGUUUAUUCAUUAGUGUUUAUUUGUCAGAUUUUAUCUCAAGUGAGUCUGAUAAUUAAUGCAGGACCACCUUCUUUGCUUUCCACACUUUGUUUGCGUAAUAAAAACAAACAAAAAUGAGCUGCGUUCGUUGCUGCUUAACCAGUGCCAGCCGCAUUGCAUCUUCAAAUCAUGUGGCAAAUCGUGUUCACAAAAUCGUAAGAGUAGCUGUGAUUAGAUCGUUGACGGUUGGUACCACUUUGGGAAAAGCACCCUCCGAACCUACUCCGCCUGGUAAAGAUACUAAUAGCGGUGUGUCAUCCGUUGGAAAUGGCGGUGGGAAGAAAAAUACUCUUACAUGUCCAAAAUGUGGUGAUCCUUGUACACACGUAGAAACCUUUGUGUCAUCAACAAGGUUUGUCAAGUGCGAGAAAUGUCAUCACUUUUUCGUCGUUCUAUCGGAGGUAGAUUCAAAAAGAAGCCUUAAAGAAGCUUUAAGACCAGAUGAUACAAAACAAGGAUUUUAUAGAAAACCACCACCCCCGCCAAAGAAGAUUUUUGAGUACCUAAACAAACAUGUUGUAGGUCAAGAAUAUGCUAAAAAAGUUUUGAGCGUCGCUGUUUAUAAUCACUACAAACGAAUCUAUAAUAACUUUCCGGUGCAGAAUUCAAUGCAAGGUUCUAUUAAUGCAAGUGGUACACAAGAUUUGAAUCAUCCCUUCACUCAUAGAGGUCUUAAACCACACUUGCUACAUAUUUCAACUAUUGGAAAUUCGCUCGGCGUUGGAUUCCAGCAAUAUCCUACAGGAAACGAGCAUAAAUCGACAGAAAGUCAAUCAGUCUCUGGAUCUGAUAUUCUUGAUAGUAAACAACAUCAAUUGAAAUUAGAGAAAAGUAACAUCUUGUUACUAGGCCCAACUGGUAGCGGGAAAACGUUGCUCGCUCAAACAAUAGCUCAAUGUCUCGAUGUACCUUUUGCUAUUUGUGAUUGCACGACGCUGACACAAGCAGGGUACGUUGGUGAAGAUAUAGAAAGCGUUAUCGCAAAAUUGCUUCAGGAUGCAAAUUAUGUAGUGGACAGAGCGCAAAUGGGUAUCGUAUUCUUAGAUGAAGUUGAUAAAAUUGGUGCUGUUCCUGGUAUACAUCAACUGCGAGACGUUGGCGGAGAAGGUGUACAGCAGGGAAUGUUAAAAAUGUUAGAGGGUACGAUUGUGAACGUACCGGAAAGAAAUAGCUCUAGAAAAUUACGCGGAGAUACAUUACAAAUCGAUACUACAAAUAUUUUAUUUGUUGCUUCCGGCGCGUACAAUGGAUUGGAUAGAUUGAUUUUGCGACGUAAAACUGAGAAGUAUCUUGGAUUUGGUGCAUCGCCGUCUUCUGAGAGUCCAGGAAGAAGAGCUGCGAAUUUAGCAGACGUUGCAAACAUGUCACCCUCUACGGAAAGAGAUAACAAAGAAAAGGACUUGCUGUUACGACAAGUCGAAGCACGAGAUUUAAUUGAUUUUGGUAUGAUUCCUGAAUUUGUUGGCAGAUUUCCAGUCCUGGUACCGUUUCAUACCCUCGACAGAGAUAUGCUUGUUAGAAUACUGACCGAACCUCAAAAUGCCAUGGUGCCACAAUAUCAAAUGUUAUUCUCAAUGGACAAGGUAGAAUUGACGUUCACCACGGAGGCUUUAAACGCGAUAGCGUCAUUAGCAAUGGAGAAGAAAACUGGCGCAAGGGGGUUGCGAGCUAUCAUGGAAUCACUGCUUCUGGAGCCCAUGUUCGAAGUGCCAGGUAGCGAUGUAAUGUCAGUCCACGUAACUGAAGGAUGUGUACGAGGACAAGAAAAACCACAGUACAUCAGAAGAGGUGAUGUCACUGAGGAGGAAUUACACGCUCAGCAUAUACAAAAUUAACAUAUAAUUCAUACUAAGGACCUACCACACGUCUGAUCGAUUUCUUGAAAAAAUUGUUCAGAACUAUAUCGUACGAUAAUAGUUUUUGAUCUAACACAAAUUUGUGAAUAUAAUAUGUGUUCGUUAUAAUCUAUGUUUCUUUAACAAAACAAGAUUAUACUACAUGGAUAACAUUAAGGAGAAGAAAGAACGAAAUGCAAAUAACACUAGGAGAUUAUGCAAUUAUAAUUAUUCUGUAUUAAUUUGUAUCGCAUUCGAUACGGAUGUAGAUAAAACAAAAUCGAUUGUGGUAUGCAAUUUACUCUGUGUUCAAACAAUUCGUAACAAUAUCAACAAUUUUGUUAUUGAAUUGUUUCUAGAUACACGCGCGUGUGUACACACGCUACAUACAAAUUUUCACUUAUAAAAGUGAACGGAAAUUUUAUCGUGAUUGUAGUAGACCCUCAGAUCAUACAAAUUAAAAGCAAAAGAUACUUGGGCCGCUACUACUAUGCAAAAAUAAAUUUAACGUAAUAUUUUAGCGUUUUACAAUUAUGAUAUCUACGCGUCUACUACUGUUCUAUAUACUAUUGUAACAAAUAGAAAACGCAAUUAGUGGAUAUAACAUCUGUUAAUAUGUAGGUAUUGUACAAUAUCGUGUAAUAUGUACAAUGUGUACAAUGUAAAUGAUUCACACAUGUAUUACGUUAUAGUUACUAAAAUAUGCAAAAUAAUUACAACUAUACGAUCAAGAUUACACGAAGCUAGUACAAAUUCAUCAUAUAUUGUUACACAUAUAUAAAUACACAUCUUGUUGGAACUGAAAAAUUGUAUGAAAUAGACUCGACUCUCUUUCAUUUUGAGAUUAUUUUUAAAUAAUUAAAACACCUUGAACAAGAAUUUAG